CGCGGAGAAGCGCUUCGGCAGAUUUCAGGCAGCACCGAGGGAUGGCCGGGCCGAACCCCUGACAGCUGGUAUAUUCACUGGGUUUGCAGGUGGGCGGCUGCUCAGCGUAGGCAGGUCAAGGAACGAUUGUUUCGCACACCGCGGGUCACACGUAAGCCAGGAAGCUGCUUAUCGCAGACAGCACGUUAUACUUACAAAGCCUCCCGGUCCUGUCUCGCUCGGGCCCGGCUGUGCAGUUCUGCGCAGGCGCGGCAGGCGUGCGACAUCCGCCACUUACGGCCGAAGCGGUUUGUGCUGGGAGUUCGUGGCGCGGUGCAGGGCUCUUAGGAACGAGCGGCUUGGGCGCGGACUGGUAUCCGGGGGAGUGUGACUUGCAGGGUCCGCCAUGGAGCCAGAGCAGAUGCUGGAGGGACAGACGCAGGUUGCAGAAAAUCCCCACUCUGAAUAUGGUCUCACAGACAACGUCGAGAGGAUAGUAGAAAAUGAGAAAAUUAAUGCAGAAAAGUCAUCAAAACAGAAAGUGGAUCUCCAGUCUUUGCCAACUCGUGCCUAUCUGGAUCAGACAGUUGUGCCUAUCUUAUUACAAGGACUUGCUGUACUUGCAAAGGAAAGACCACCAAAUCCCAUUGAAUUUCUAGCAUCAUAUCUUUUAAAAAACAAGGCACAGUUUGAAGAUCGAAACUGACUUAUUGGGAAGAACAGAAAAAUUUGGUUUCUACUGUAGAUUUACAUGAUUAAGAGGCAGCUUUAAUUGCCAUGAUCCCCCCCCACCCCACUCCACCCUUUUUGGAAGAAUAAGAACCUUCAGGACAACAGAACUUAUUUCGGAGUUGCAGAAGAAGACAUCAUUUCCCUUAUUGAUUUAAUCACAAACUUAUUUAAUGAGUGUGUUCCGUGCAAUUUUUUUUCAGAUUGUCUUUAACUUUGUUUUUAAAAUGACCUUCAAAAUAAACUGUUAAAACAUCAUUA